AUGGCAAUAAUGAGGCUGAGUGUUUUAUUCCUACUAGGAGUCGUAGUGGCGGUUGGGUCAUCCUGGGCAACGGCGGCGGCACCAAAAACGGCAGAGGAAAUUAGUAAGGACACCCAGUACAAUGACAUUUGUGUAACAUUGCUUAAGCAGGUGGUGAAAGACCCGAAAGAUUUCUAA